GCUGCGCACUCGAUACGCACCCUACUCGCUACUCCUGCGACAGAGAAGGGAAAGUCUUCAAAGAUACCACUCAGGAUCAGAAUACCUUCUCCACCAUGUCGCGAAUGUUGAGCUUUGACCCGCCCGAUAUCGAGAAUCUACUAAUGCUAAAUCCACGGGUGAAGACAUGUGCCUCCCUUCGAUCGACAGCAAAAACCAAGACAGACAAAGCUCACUGGAAAAGGAACAUUGCAAAAAACUGCUCUAGCUAUGAGAAGCUAGAGAAUAAUUUUGAUGACAUCAAACACACCACUCUCAGUGAGCGAGGAGCACUUCGUGAAGCAAUGAGAUGCCUGAAGUGUGCUGAUGCUCCUUGUCAGAAGAGCUGUCCAACUAAUCUGGACAUAAAGUCAUUUAUCACCAGCAUUGCAAACAAGAAUUACUAUGGUGCCGCCAAAGCCAUUCUGUCGGACAAUCCUCUUGGUCUAACUUGUGGGAUGGUAUGUCCAACAUCAGACCUCUGCGUGGGAGGAUGCAAUUUACAUGCAACUGAAGAAGGACCUAUUAACAUAGGUGGCUUGCAACAGUUUGCUACAGAGGUGUUCAAAGAGAUGAAAGUGCCUCAGGUUCGGAAUCCAUCACUUCCACUGCCUGGAGAACUACCUAAGAGUUUCCAUGCUAAGAUCGCACUGAUUGGAGGCGGGCCUGCCAGCAUCAGCUGUGCUUCAUUUUUGGCUCGAUUGGGCUAUUCAGACAUCACAAUAUUUGAAAAGGAGGAGUACGUUGGAGGCUUGAGUACAUCUGAGAUUCCUCAGUUCAGAUUGCCUUAUGAUGUUGUCAAGUUUGAAAUCAAGCUGAUGAAAGACCUUGGAGUGAAGAUUGUCCAUGGUAAAGGUCUGGGGAUUGAUGGUAUGACUCUGGAAUCCUUAAAGGAAGAUGGUUACAAGGCAGUCUUCAUUGGUAUAGGUUUACCAGAGCCAAAUGGAGAUCUCAUCUUUGAAGGCUUAACAGUGGAACAUGGCUUCUACACAUCGAAGGAAUUCCUGCCCCUCGUUGCAAAAGCCAGCAAAACAGGAAUGUGCGCCUGUCAGCCUGGUCUGCCAUCAAUGCAAGGCUCAGUCGUCGUACUUGGUGCUGGAGACACUGCCUUCGACUGUGCAACGUCUGCACUACGCUGUGGAGCUCGCCGUGUGUUUGUGGUUUUUAGAAAAGGAUUUACCAAUAUCAGGGCUGUCCCAGAGGAGGUGGAACUAGCAAAGCAUGAGAAAUGCGAGUUUUUGCCUUACAUGUCUCCAAGAAGAAUUAUUCUGAAAGGUCAGCGCAUUUUUGCAAUUGAGUUUGUUCAUACAGAGCAAAAUGAUGCUGGCGAUUGGGUUGAAGAUGAGGAACAAGUUAUUCGCUUAAAAGCAAGUGUUGUCAUCAGUGCUUUUGGCUCCAUCCUCUCCAAUCCUUCAGUGAAAGCAGCCAUGGCAAAUAUCAAGCUUAACAGAUGGGGCUACUUAGAUGUUGAUGCAGAGACCAUGCAGACAAGUGAGCCCUGGGUCUUUGCAGGUGGAGAUGUCAUGGGUUUGGCUAACACCACUGUAGAGUCUGUGAAUGAUGGAAAGCAGGCGUCAUGGCACAUUCACAAAUAUUUACAGUCAUUACAUGGUUGCCUGGUGACUGGAGAGCCAGAACUACCUCUUUUCUACACCCCUAUUGACCUCGUGGACAUUAGCGUUGAACUAGUUGGGUUGAAGUUCAUGAAUCCUUUUGGCUUAGCCAGUGCCGCUCCAACAACUAACUCUGCAAUGAUUCGAAGAGCAUUUGAGGCAGGCUGGGCCUUUGCGCUGACUAAAACAUUUUCUCUAGAUAAGGAUAUUGUGACCAAUGUUUCUCCAAGAAUUAUACGUGGAAUGACUUCUGGCCCAAUCUAUGGCCCUGGACAGAGUUCUUUCCUAAACAUAGAACUCAUCAGUGAGAAAACAUGUGCAUACUGGUGCAAGAGCAUCACAGAAUUAAAGGCUGAUUUUCCAAAUAAUAUCAUCAUUGCCAGCCUUAUGUGCACUUACAACAAGAAUGAUUGGACAGAGCUUGCAAAAAUGGCAGAGGAUUCCGGUGCAGAUGCUUUAGAAUUAAACUUGUCUUGCCCACAUGGCAUGGGAGAAAGAGGAAUGGGCCUAGCCUGUGGACAGGAUCCAAAGCUGGUGCAAAACAUCUGCCGCUGGGUACGGCAAGCUGUUAAGAUACCGUUCUUUGCCAAGCUGACCCCGAACGUCGCCGACAUUGUAAACAUAGCGAUGGCAGCUCAGGAAGGUGGUGCAGAUGGUAUUACAGCAAUCAACACAGUCUCUGGGCUGAUAGGGCUACUUGCAGAUGGCACACCUGUGCCUGCCGUUGGUAGAGACAAGCGAACCACAUAUGGCGGCCUGUCUGGGACUGCAGUGAGGCCAGUAGCUUUAAAAGCAGUAUCUAGCAUCGGCCAGGCAAUACCAGGGUUUCCAAUUCUAGCGGCUGGAGGGAUCGAUUCAGCUGAGGCAGGACUACAGUUUCUACAUUGUGGUGCUUCUCUGUUGCAGGUAUGCAGUGCAGUUCAGAACCAGGACUAUACCUUAAUUGAUGACUAUUGCACAGGAUUGAAAGCACUGCUGUAUUUGAAAAGCAUUGAGGAACUACAAAAGUGGGAUGGGCAGAGUCCUCCAACAAUGACUCAUCAGAAAGGAAAGCCGGUCGCUAAAAUCUCUGGUAUAUUUGGAAAGCAGUUGCCCAACUUUGGCCCUUACCUGGAACAGCGUAAGAAAAUUAUAGCUGAAGAAAAGCUCAAGCAGACAGAAUUGAAUGAAGUGGUGCAGGAGAGUGGUGCAGACUCAUUCGCGAUCAAAAAACCCAUUCCAAGGGUCCAGGAAGUAAUUGGCAGAAGUCUGUCAUAUAUUGGAGCCUAUAGAGUGCUGAAUAACAAGGACCCUGUGGUAGCAUUGAUUGAUGAGGAGAUGUGCAUUAACUGUGGCAAAUGCUACCUGACUUGUAAUGACUCUGGUUAUCAGGCCAUAACCUUCGAUCCCAAGACGCACCUUCCUCGAGUAAAUGAAAACUGCACAGGUUGCACUCUUUGCUACAGUGUCUGUCCUAUCAUUGAUUGCAUUAAAAUGAUACCCCGGUUAACCGCUUAUGAACCUAAUAGAGGCAUUCCUCUCGCAGUCUAACAAGUUUGUUGAAUUUACAUGGUCCAGCAGGAAAUAUGACUUAAUAUCCAUAUGUUCUUAUAAGUAUUGAUUUAGUCAUUCACGUGUUAUAACAUGACAGAUCACUGUUAUUCCUAAAGUAUUGAUUUUAUCUUACUAAACCUAGUUCAGUAGACUUGCGCUUUCCAAUGAGUUAAAAUUAUUGGAAGGAAAGUGUCCACAUUAUAAACAAAAUUGCGCUUUACUAAGCAGAAAGCUAUAUAAUUGAGGUCAACCAUAUAAUACACAAUGACAAUGGGAUACAAUCUACAUGCUCAGAGCUUAUAUUGGAAUUAUUAAUUGCUAUUAGAAUGCUUUCACUACAUUAACAGUUUCUUAUGUCUACUGACAGCAGAAAAGCUGAAAUGAGUAGACUAUUAGUUUAUUAGAAAGUUAUUUCAUUAAUAAACAUUCUUAUGUAGAAGACAGAGACAUCCGCAAUCUAUUAAAUAGCUAAAAUCUACACUCACCUCUCAAUGUGAUAUAUUUUUCUUCAGUAAUAUUCUAUUAUAUUGAUAAUGUCUGCCUUGAGCACCCUCGUGGAAACUACAGUUGCCAUUUAACUCACCAAGAUCCAUAGAAACGGCUGUUUUCUGCCAAUGUCAUUAAUUCACAUAAUUUGAUUCAGAUCCCACAUUUUUGUAACGCUAUCAUGAGACCAAUUACUGGAAAAAGAGAAUGAUAAAACUGUGUGAGAAAAGUGAAGUUUUAUUUUAAUCUGAUAUAUAUCUUAGCUUCCAAAUCAUUAAAUGUAAGUAUAAUGGAAAUAAUGUUUAAUAAUGGAUAAGUUUAUAAGCAAAUUAUUCUGUAGUUUUGUAAUUUAACCUAUGAUUAAUCUACACCUCAACCGUUACAAAGUACACUGUGUGAUUAUUUUUAUUUCAUUUAGCUGUUCACUUCUGUUUCUUUGAUUUUAAUGUUGAUCCUAUCACACUAACUUUCCGUUAUUUUGCUGACUAAUAAUUAUAAAUAUAAAUAAUUUAAAUUGAGUGAAAUAUUUACGCAGAUCACAAAACAGAUACUUUGCAAUAUCAUUACUAUUUUCUGUAUCUUAUUAACUGAUAUCCUUCGACAUAUUUUUGUAUGAUGCACACUGUAAGAGACAUUGUGUAUUGCUACUUCAGAGCUUUACAAAUGUUCUAAAUAUCUCAUUGCAAUGUAGUCAAACAUAGUAUAAUAUUGUGCUUCUUUAAAAAAUUAUUAAUGUGAAGUUGGUUUUGCAAUUGAAAUCAGGAUUAAGUGAAUUGUGGAAUUGAAACCAUUAAUCAAGGAAUAAUGAUUUAGAUUAUAAUGCUAAUUUUUUAGUAUUAAUUGAUUUUCCUGGGAAGUUACAAAUAAUCUGUUUAAUAAAUAAAUCAA